GCAGACAUCGUUGAAUGGUCUUGUUUGACGAUUCAAACCCACGAGCGAGAAAGUUCUCUCCUGCUCUUUGAACAAAUGAAGUCUCUCCCACGCCAGCUGGUCCCGGCACUCCAUAGAAGACGCAGAGCGUGUGUACCAGUGGCGAAGCUUUGAACUUUCGUUCCCUUCUCGCUCACCACUUGCGCCUUCUCUCUCCCUCUCUCUCUCUCUCUCUCUCUCUCUCUCUCGUUUGUGCGCUCCGCCUGCGAGGAAAAGUUUCGAGCUUCUUCUUGGUCUCUCGCUCAAUCGCGGAUUAUCCUCAUGGGGAUCGAAGAGAUGGAGGGACUCGUUCCAUCUUCUUCCGCUUCGGUUCAUCGGUGGAAGUACGACGUGUUCGUGAGCUUCAGGGGCGGGGACAUCAGGAAGAAUUUCGCGGCCCACCUCUUCCGCGCGCUGAAGCAGGCGGGGAUCUACUACUUCGGGGACAAUGAUAAAGAGGAGACCGGGAUUCUCAUUGAGGCCAAGCUGCUCGACGCGAUUCGCCAUUCUAGGGUUUCUCUCGUCGUGUUCACCACCAACUACGCCGACUCGCGGUGGUGCUUGAACGAGCUGGUGGAGAUCCUGGAGUGCAACAGGAGGUUCAGAGAUCAUCAGGGUCACGUGGUUCUGCCCAUUUUCUACGAUGUUGAGCCACGCGACGUUCGGACACAGAGCGGGCGAUUCGGGGAUGGUUUCGGAAGGUGUUUGGCCACCCACACGGACGAUUUGCUGGUGCAGAAGUGGAGGGAUUCGCUAAAAGAAGCUGGGAAUUUGUCAGGAUGGCAUUUGAAUAAUGAUGCUAAUGGGGAUCAAUCGGACUUCAUUGAGAAAAUUGUAGGACAUCUCUUGAAGAUUAUUCCCAGAACAAGCUCCCCUGAUGCUAUUGGGGUAGAUUCCUUUGUAGAUGAUGUCAUAUCGUUGCUGGAGAUUGAGUCAGAGGAUGAUGUCCGUGUGGUUGGAAUAUGGGGAAUGAAAGGAAUUGGUAAGACAACGGUGGCCAAAGCCGUCUGCCAUCGCAUUUCUAGGGAAUUUGACGGGGUUAGCUUUCUCGAAAAUGUCGGAGUUGCAAACCAAGAUACUCUUUUACUUCUUCAGAAGAGACUUCUCCAAGAUGCUCUGAAGGUACAAGGUCUAGAAAUGUAUGAUCUUAACAGCAACAUCAACGAGAUAAAAACUAAGCUCUGUCGGAAAAGGAUCCUUCUAGUUCUCGAUAACAUCACUGAGAAGCACCAAAUUGAGUAUUUUGGCGCUGGAGAUCGAGAAUGUUUCCAAUAUGGGAGUAGAAUCUUGAUAACUACAAGAGAACAGUGGCUUCUGAAAGAUCUCAAAGUGGAUGAUGAGUACAUGCUCCCUGGACUGGGUUCUAAAGAAUCACUCCAACUCAUGAGUCGCCAUGCCUUCGGCGAAGACCAACCUAAAGAAGGGCAUGAAGAGUUGUUCAAGAGUCUUGUCCACUAUGCAGGUGGUCUGCCACUGUUUCUUAAGAGAUUUGGUUCCUUUCUUUCUAGUAGGAAAAAUCAGUGGCAUGAGAUAUUGGAGAAGUUGGUAAGGUAUCCUCAUCUUGAUUCAAUUGGAAUAACUUUAGAUCCAUUCUCCUCUCUUCGCCCCUCUGUAGGGCCAUUUGGAGGCCAUGGUGGACAUUCUUUUGACGAUCAAACAUACAGUGACAUAAGAAGAAUAAGGCUCGUCAUAGGAACAGCGAUCGAGUCCAUUACUGUUGACUAUGUUCAGAAUGGGUGUAUGGUGCGCUCGCCAAGACAUGGUGGAUCUUUGGGAGAUCGCACAUGGGAUGUACAUAUAGAUUAUCCAAUUGAAUACUUGACUUCGGUGUCAGGCUACAUUAGAGAAGAUUCUCUUCAUGUCAUCAACUCUCUUACCUUCCACAGCAAUAUGAGGGCACAUGGGCCAAUUGGCGAUGAGAAAGGGAAGUUUUUCAGUUUUCCACAAGUUGAUGGAAAGAUCAUUGGUUUUCAUGGAAGGUGUGGCCCUUUUCUGGAUUCCAUUGGAGCUCAUUUUGGUCCUGUCUCUCAUCCGUAUCCCUUCGAAGUCAUAGGGCCAUUUGGAAAUGGGGAAAACCGCUGGGAUGAUGGCAAGCAUGUAGAUGUCAGACAAAUUGUUGUAGUCUCUGGUUCUGCAAUUGAAUCUAUUAGUUUUACCUAUGAGGAGGGUCGUUCUUUCAGACACGGAACAAGUCAUGGCGGCAAAAGAAACACGAUAAAUCUGGACUGGCUGACUGAAUUUCUAAUUUCGGUUUCGGGAUAUAUUGUGAAUGACUUUGGUUCUACUAUCAUCCAUUCACUCACAUUCCAAAGUAAUAAACGAACAUAUGGACCAUUCGGCACUGAAACCGGAAGGAAGUUUUCAUUUCCAGCAACUGGUGGAAAGAUCAUUGGAUUUUAUGGGAGCUCUGGUUCCCAUCUUGAAUCUCUUGGAGCAUAUUUGGAACCUAUCUCUCAUCUACAUCCGAUCAGGUGUCUUGGACCAUUUGGAGGCCAAGGUGGACACUCUUGGGAUGAUGGUAAAUUCAAUGGUGUAAAGAAAAUAAAGAUAAUGUUAGAAGAUGAUGUCAACUGCAUCUCCUUUGAGUAUGACGAUAAUGGCGAAUCUAUUUGGUCGUCUGCACAUGGUCACGAAAACGGAAAUAUCCAUAUGGUUAACUUGGACUACCCUCGUGAGUUCUUGACCUCCGUGUCAGGUUUUAUCAGACACGAUAAUUCUGUUAUUCAAUCACUCACGUUUGAAAGCAAUAUAAGAAGGCAUGGACCCUUUGGUAAGGAGGAAGGAAGCUCCUUUAGCUGUGCAUUGACAUGCAGCAAGCUUAUUGGCUUUCACGGAAGGUCUGGCGUCCAGCUUGAUGCACUAGGAGUCUACUCUGAACCAAUUUCUGAUCUUCGUUUCUUGAAAUCCAUUGGGCCAUUUGGAGGACAAGGUGGCGGUCCUUGGGACGAUGGAGAUAGCACGGGUGUGAGAAAAAUAAUUGUAAAAGCUGGAUUAGUUAUUGACUCCAUUACUGUUGAGUACGACAAGAAUGGGUCUGUGGCUCAGGGCCCUAAACAUGGUGGAGACGGAGGAUCUCUAACACCCGAGAUUAAACUUGAUUAUCCUCGAGAGUACUUGACUUCAUUUUCUGGUCACUUUGGAUCUUUAUGCGGGCAUAUUGUUGUCCACUCCCUCACAUUUCAGAGCAACGAAAGAACUUAUGGGCCAAUUGGUCGGGAGAUCGGGAACUACUUUUAUUUUCCAUCAAUCGGUAAAAAGAUUGUUGGGUUUCAUGGGAGGUCUGGACUAUGGCUUGAUUCACUUGGAGCACAUUUUGAGCCUUGACAUGCUAAGCACUACCUUUAUGUGUGCCAUGCAGUCAAUGUUUGAGUUUAUGUAUAAUAUCUAUCAUCACGGACAUUCUCUAGAGUUUUGAAUAGGUUUGUUUGAUGUAUCCUUGUUAAAGCAUUUAAUAUAGUGAAUCAAAUCUUCAUCAACUAA